CAUUUUGUUACACUCGCCAGAACAAUUUAAUAAACAAAUAAAUAAUAAGUAUUUCUUUAUGAAUAUUUUGCCGAAUAUUCCAUUCGCUUGCCGCCAACUCACCAGAAGUGGACGCCGUAGGGGAAAGCACAAAGAAAAACCUAUUUUCAAAAUCUUAAUUUACUACAAUGGCUGACGAUGUUCCAGAAGAAGAAUUUAUUCCAGAUUAUGAAGAAACCAGCGAUAAUGAGGCAGCUGGAGAAGAGGGUGGACAGGUUGCUGAACAAGCCAAAAAAGAUGUUAAAGGGACAUAUGUCAGUAUUCACAGCUCCGGUUUCAGGGAUUUCUUGUUAAAGCCAGAGCUUUUAAGAGCCAUAGUAGAUUGUGGUUUUGAACAUCCUUCAGAAGUACAACAUGAAUGUAUUCCACAAGCUAUUCUUGGUAUGGACAUUGUCUGUCAAGCAAAAAGUGGUAUGGGAAAGACGGCUGUCUUUGUUCUAGCAACAUUACAGCAGCUUGAACCAGUUGAUGGUCAAGUCAGUGUACUCGUCAUGUCUCACACCAGAGAACUUGCUUUUCAAGUCAGCAAAGAAUAUGAAAGAUUUUCCAAAUAUCUCUCUGACAUAAAGGUUUCUGUCUUUUUUGGUGGCCUUAGUGUGAAAAAAGAUGAGCAAGUGUUAAAGACAAACUGUCCUCAUAUUGUUGUUGGUACUCCUGGUCGUAUUCUCGCACUAGCAAGAGACAAGGUUCUUAACCUGAAGCAUGUGAAACACUUUAUUCUUGAUGAAUGUGAUAAAAUGUUGGAACAACUUGAUAUGAGACGAGAUGUGCAAGAAAUUUUCCGUAUGACACCACAUGAGAAACAAGUUAUGAUGUUCAGUGCAACGUUAAGUAAAGAAAUGCGAGUGGUGUGCAAGAAAUUUAUGCAAGAUCCUAUGGAAGUUUAUGUUGACGAUGAAACAAAAUUGACGCUUCACGGUUUAACACAACAUUACGUCAAACUAAAGGACAAUGAGAAGAAUCGUAAAUUAUUUGAUUUAUUAGAUGCACUUGAAUUCAAUCAGGUCAUCAUAUUUGUAAAGUCUGUGCAAAGAUGUAUAGCAUUAUCUGCAUUGCUGGUGGAGCAGAACUUCCCUGCUAUUGCAAUUCACAGAUCAAUGCCUCAAGAGGAAAGGAUAUCUCGUUACCGUCAAUUCAAAGAUUUUCAGAAACGUAUUUUAGUAGCAACAAAUUUAUUUGGUCGUGGAAUGGAUAUCGAACGUGUUAACAUUGUUGUAAAUUAUGAUAUGCCUGAAGAUUCAGAUACAUACCUGCAUAGGGUAGCUCGAGCUGGUCGGUUUGGUACAAAAGGUUUGGCCAUCUCAUUCGUUUUCGACGAAGAAGAUGCGAAAGUGUUAAACGAUGUGCAAGAUCGAUUCGAAGUUAAUGUGAGCGAAUUGCCAUCUGAGAUAGACGUGUCGACAUAUAUCGAAGGCUACGAAGCACAACGAUAAAAUAGAAAUCAAACGAAGUUAUGUAAAAUAUUUAACUGGCAUUUUCGUUCACAAAUAAAUCCCCUCAUGGCGUCAUGUAAAUAAAGUUUUAACAAGGAUGGACACAAUUUUAAACGCAAAUGAGAUCUGAACAGUGUGUAAACUACUACUAUUUUUAUGAUAACACAAACUACAAGUUUUGUAAAACAUACUAUGGAUUGAAACAUUUUUUUAAAA